CAGCAGCUCUCUCUUCUAUUUGCCAAACCACAUGAUUACCAGAAAAACCAGGGCCCCCUCAUCCGAUAACAUAAUCAUCAUUGGAGACCCAUAGUACAGCAGCCUCUCACAGUGUUGCAUGUAAAGGGAUAUCACCAUGAACACUGCAAGCAUAACCAUCGUUCUGCUCACCCUCCUGGCAAUCUUCUCAGCAACUGAAGGGAAAAGACAGCCAAGGGUUCUACGCUGCCUUUGCCCCAACGUGCAGACUGGUCGUAUUCCGUUCAGGAAUCUGAAGAGAGUGCUGCAUCUCCCUCCUCGUCCGCACUGCUCAAAGACUGAAGUCAUUAUCACACUCAAAAAUGGACGUCAACUCUGCCUGGACCCAAAUGACCGCACGGUGAAGAUUCUGGUGGAGAGAUCAACCAAAAGAAUGCAGGAGAGUAAACAUUCUAAAGUGGUUGGAAGCACUACUUAUACCCUGUAACACUUGUUAACAAAAUGGUGGACGUGAUUCAACAACCUGUGUGUUGGACUGCCGGCCCAGCGCUCCCUUCUGAUACAUCCCCUACAAUGCAAUGAAGCGUAUAGGCAUUUUGCUCUGCGAAAGCUUUCACUAGCCGACUUUCUUCUUAUUAGCGGAAAUGUACAAUGUUACACAUUUUGUGUACUAUCUCUAUUGCUUUUGUUUAUUAUAUGUUUAUUACAGAUGUUUUAAUAAAGAUAUGUUCAUUGUAUGUUUACCUGUGAAGGACCCAGGAAGGGUCAGAGGGAUGAGUCCUUAGAAGAGAGCUGCAUACAGUAGGUAAAUGAAAAGAGUUCCUUAUAAGAGGACAUUUAGACCUUAGAUCAAAGUUUCUGUCCAUGUUAUAUUUAUGCUUUCACUUCAUUUCCAAGCAAGCAAAUAAAAGCAACAUAUUCAUA